AGGGAGGGAGAGGAGGAGACGGAGCGAAACUUUGCCGGAGAAAGAGCGUGCGUUAAAAAGGCUGAAGUGUCCCGCAGGAGGCUGAGGACUUGAGCAGCGCGGGUUUGAGGGGGGGGAGCACCACUCCACUCAGGCACGGGCACACGAGGAGCACCCAGGCGAAGGGGUGCAGAGAGCAGGAGGGGUUCGGGACGUCCGCUUCCAGGAGCCCCCCCUCUGCGUGAGCCCAGAGAUUCGGGAGGGUCGACUGGAGAGGUCAAAGGUUAUACAACCCUGCACUUGGGGACAGCUUCCAUAACGCCUUUUGCUUUGAGAGUGACCAACCACCAGCGGGACAAAAUGAUUGGGUUAACCGGUGCCCGCGCCCCUGGCUGCCCCCGUGAAUGUCUGUCGCCAUGGCGAAGCGUGAAACCGGCAGCACCAGCCCAGUGGUGCGGCAGAUAGACAAGCAGUUCCUGGUCUGCAGCAUCUGCCUGGACCACUACCACAACCCCAAAGUCCUGCCCUGCCUCCACACCUUCUGCGAAAGGUGCCUACAAAACUACAUCCCCCCGCAGUCCCUGACGCUGUCCUGCCCCGUGUGCAGACAGACCUCCAUCCUGCCGGAGAAGGGCGUGGCCGCGCUGCAGAACAACUUCUUCAUCACCAACCUGAUGGAGGUGCUGCAGAGGGACCCGGAGUGCUCCCGGCCGGAGGCCUGCAGCGUGCUGGAGUCCGUUAGCGCCGCCGCCGCGGGGAAGCCGCUGUGCUGCCCCAACCACGAGGGCAAGGUGAUGGAGUUCUACUGCGAGUCGUGCGAGACGGCCAUGUGCCUGGACUGCACGGAGGGUGAGCACCGGGAGCACGUGACCGUCCCGCUGCGGGACGUCCUGGAGCAGCACAAGGCUGCCCUCAAGAACCAGCUGGAUGCGAUUCGCAACAGGCUGCCCCAGCUGACGGCGGCCAUCGAGCUGGUGAACGAGAUCUCCCGGCAGCUGACGGAGCGGAAGAACGAGGCGGUGAGCGAGAUCAGCGUCACCUUCGAGGAGCUGGAGCGGGCGCUGAACCUGCGCAAGAGCGCGCUCAUCAGCGACCUGGAGAACAUCUGCAGCGCCAAGCAGAAGGUGCUGCAGGCCCAGCUGGCCUCCCUGCUCCAGGGGAAGGAGCACAUCCAGAGCAGCUGCAGCUUCACGGAGCAGGCCCUGGACCACGGCAGCGCCACCGAGGUGCUGCUGGUGCAGAAGCAGAUGAGCGAGCGGGUCAGCGCCCUGGCCCGCCACGACUUCCCCGAGCAGCCGCACGAGAACGGCCACCUGGACUGCCUGGUGGAGACGGAGGGCCUGCGCCGCUCCAUCCAGAACCUGGGCGUCCUGCUGACCACGGGCGCCGUGGGCCACACCAGCGUGGCCACGGGCGAGGGGCUCCGGCACGCCCUGGUGGGCCAGCACACGUCCGUCACCGUCACCACCAAGGACAAGGGCGGCGAGCUGGUGCGGACGGGCAACGCCGCGCUCCGCGCCGAGAUCUCGGGCCCCGACGGGGCGCGGGCCGACGCCGAGGUCACGGACAACAAGAACGGGACGUACGAGGUGGGGUACACGCUGCGCUCCGAGGGCGAGUUCUCCUUCGCCCUGCUGCUCUACGGGCAGCCCGUGCGGGGCAGCCCCUUCCGCCUGCGGGCCGUCAAGCCCUCCGACGUGCCCCAGUCCCCCGACGACGUCAAGCGCAGGGUGAAGUCGCCCAGCGGGGGCGGGGGCCACGUCCGGCAGAAGGCCGUCAGGCGCCCCUCCAGCAUGUACAGCACCAGCAAGAAGAAGGAGAACCCCAUCGAGGACGAGCUCAUCUACAGAGUCGGUACGCGUGGGCGGGAGAAGGGAGAGUUCACGAACCUGCAGGGCAUCUCCACCUCCAGCAACGGCAGAGUGGUGGUGGCAGACAGCAACAACCAGUGCAUACAGGUGUUCUCCAAUGACGGACAGUUCAAGCUGAGGUUCGGGGUCAGAGGUCGUUCCCCCGGGCAGCUCCAGCGCCCCACGGGCGUGACCGUGGACAUGAACGGCGACAUAAUCGUGGCCGACUACGACAACCGAUGGGUCAGCAUCUUCUCCUCCGACGGGAAGUUCAAGAACAAAAUCGGAGCGGGUCGCCUGAUGGGACCGAAGGGCGUCGCCGUGGACCGCAACGGUCACAUAAUCGCCGUCGACAACAAGGCCUGCUGCGUCUUCAUCUUCCAGUCCAACGGGAAACUGGUGACCAAAUUCGGAGCCAGAGGGACCUCAGACAGGCAGUUCGCAGAAAAAAGUGGUGCACACUUAGCACUGGAGCAAAAGCUUAGUAAAUCUGGUCCCGUGUUCAGCCCGCACUUUGUCGCUGUAAAUAACAAGAAUGAAAUAGUGGUGACUGACUUUCACAAUCACUCUGUGAAGGUGUACAACGCUGACGGGGAGUUCCUCUUCAAAUUUGGCUCCCAUGGAGAGGGAAACGGGCAAUUUAACGCCCCCACAGGCGUGGCAGUCGAUGCCAACGGGAACAUCAUUGUGGCAGACUGGGGCAACAGCCGAAUACAGGUGUUCGACAGCUCAGGCUCCUUCCUGUCCUACAUCAACACCUCGGCCGACCCGCUGUACGGGCCCCAGGGCCUGGCGCUGACCUCGGACGGCCACGUGGUGGUGGCGGACUCUGGGAACCACUGCUUCAAGGUCUACCGCUACCUGCAGUAGAGCCGGAGAGAGGGAGAGAGAGAGAGAGGGAGAGGGGGAGAGAGCCGGUGCUGGAGCGAAGGAGAUGCAGGAAAUGUACAGGGUGAUCCUUUUAUUCCUCUUUUGAUUCCCUCUGUUACGGUCGCUCCGAAAACUUUCCCGAGCAUCAACCGAGUUUCUCUAAAGGAUAAUGUUUUUUUUUUUUUUUAAAGCAACAAAUCGACAAAAGCGAGUCGCGCUUCGGUACCUUUUUUCCGACGAUGAGACUCAACUUUCUUUUGCACUGGAAAAGAAAAAAAAAUUAAGAUGGCUAUAUCCAGAAGAACCGAGGGACUCAAACGACUGACUCUUAACUUCACCUUGAUGAGGCGAUUCGAGAAGAAGGAGAAGGUUACGAGGCCCGUAGCAAAGAAGCUCGAGCGCCUUAGAGCCAAAGUCGUUUCCAAACGCAUGAAGCCGUGGCCUACCAGAACGGCCGCCGUCAGAAAGCAUUCAUUUCACAUGAGUUUUUUCCGAGGCUUCAAAAAUCGUGACAGUCAAUAGAAGGAGGAGUGAGAGAGAGUAAAGACUGACAGAACUUCUCUCUUCCCUUUUGCUUUACUUCUCAGUACAACAACAAAUGUAAUCUAUUCAAAAAUGCAGUCUUUCAUGCGAUUGCAACACCAUCCGUGCAUUUAAUUCCUAUGUAUAUUUACACACAAACACACACACACCUGUAAAUUUACCAGCGGACUAAAGCUCCACCCUCCAUUUUAUGAACUCACACAUACUAGUCGUCUUUGGCAGUUCAGAUAUCCAGCAUUUUAGCACAUACAGCAUAUGUGUCUAUGAGACACACAGGGAUUUAUAGGACCGUAUUUAUUGCAAACAUCAACAGCACAAUUAUGCACACUUGAUUUGUGCUCUUUUUAAAAGAGGAAUAAAUUUACUUAAUUUAUUUUCUUUUCUACAUGAUUUUAUCUUUUACAAAUUAUUUUUCUAAUUUGAUGUGUUAAAAUAUUUUGUUUCUCUGCCAAAUCUCCAAGCCAUCACCUAGUAAUGCACAGUACCUUAACAUACCGGUGGAAUCUUUACUUUUUUCUGUAGUCCGUUUCCAUGACGAACUAGCGGAACCAAUCACAAAAACGGAACCCUCAUCAAAUAUCAAAUGCAUUUGCCAAAAUUUCUAAAAAUUGGUUAUUGUUAUUGAACAUAAUAUAAGGUUAAGAGUAAUAUAUAUGCCUAUGUGUAUAUAUAAAUAUUAUUGUCAUAUAAAGUAUGCUAUAUGUAUAGAAUAUCAUUGUUAUUACUGUGGAGAAAAAAAAUCAUUGCCAUCAGUUUGUCAGUAUUUCAUUAGUUUGCUGUCACAUUUGUUUAGAUGAUUACUUUGCGUUUAUGGCCUGCUAGCCAUGCUCAUCAUUAACCUUUGGCCUACAGUGUGGAUAAGGGUGUUAUUGGUUUUGACUGACACGUUUCCUAUAGAUAAACCCUUUUUUUGUGUGUUGGGAUGUGUUUCAGUCAAGCUCUUAUACGCAAAGUUACCAUAACAACGUUGUUAUUGUUGUGUACUUCCUUUUCGUAAAAAAAAAAGAAAAACAAAAAGGUUGUGGAAAGCCGAAGGUUGACAGCAAGGUUGGCGGAAUAUUUUAUAUAUUAUUUUUGUAUGGGUAACUUUCUGCAUGUCAGUGAUGAUCCCAGUUAGAAUGGUUUGAUAUCCAGGUACAGGCCCCAAGCAGUGCUACCAUUCCUUGCGUCGUCCCACCCUUGGCCAGAGUGGAUUUAUAUCACCUUGAUUUGUUAGUUCCACAUACUGGAUAAAACCGUAAAAUUAAAAUGUUAUCUGUUCUGCGAUCAUACCCAUUACACCCGAAUUCGUACCAUUAGUGUUGACUGUCACAAAUCCUUCCAAUGCAUGAAAUCGUGCUUGGAAAAAAGGAAAUAAGAAAAGAGAAACAAAAAAAAAAACUCAUUUUAAGUGAACAGAAAUCCUAAGUAAUACAUAAAAAAAUGUCACCUGUGUAUUUAUGUUUUACUCAUUGGAUUCAACUGAAGCAGUAUGUAGUACAAAAAUUGUAAAUAUUAAAACUGAAAAUACGCCC